AUGUUCGAUAAGACUAUUAUUAUUGACGGUAAAGGCCACCUUCUCGGAAGACUCGCUUCCAUCGUUGCCAAGCAACUACUCUUGGGACAAAGAGUUGUUGUUGUCAGAUCCGAGAGAAUUGAGAUUUCUGGAUCUAUGUUCAGAAAUACUUAUAGACUCAGAGGUUUCAUGGGUAAAACAAGGAGUGCUAACCCAAGAAGAGGACAUAUCCAUUAUCAUAACCCAGCAAGAAUUUUCUGGAGAACCGUCAGAGGAAUGACUCCACACAAGACUGCUAGAGGUGCUGCUGCCCUCGGUAGACUAAAGACUUUCGAAGGAGUCCCAGCCCCAUAUGACCAAAAGAAGAGAAUGGUUGUCCCAGAUGCUCUCAAGGCUAUUAGAAUUAAGGGAUUCAGAAAGACUACCGUCCUCGGAGACCUCGCUGAAAAGUUCGGAUGGACCAAGAAGGACCUCGUUGAGCAAUUAGAAGAAAAGAGAAAGCAAAGAUCUGAUGCUCAUUAUAAGAAAACAAUCAAGCAUGUUGAUUCCAAUAAAAAGAAGUCUGAGAACAAUGCUGAGGUUAAGAAGAUCAAUGAGGAAUUGGCCAACUACGGAUUCUAAUUAGCUAUUAAGGUAUAGUUCGUCAACAAAUUAUGUUUGAA